AUGUCUGAUUCAGAUGAGGACCUAGUGCAGAUUGACGAUUUUAUUGAUACUUGGUCAUCUAAAAUGUCAACUGCAAGUGAUUUUCAACGUUUACACAACGCAAUAACAACAAAUUUACAGCGGUUAGACCAUAAUGUAACGGAUAUUGAAAAUCUUGUCAAAAAACUUGGAACACCAGAAGAUUCUGACCCCUUAAGGGACCGUUAUCAUAGAUUACAAAAUGAUACAAAAUUAUUAACUCAAAGUACACAUGAUGCACUUCAACAACUGAAAAAUACACCUGUAUCAUCCGAAGCAGAACAAAAGCGAAAAGCAUUAUUAACAGAUAGUUUACCCAAACAAUAUCUUCAUGCAUUAAAUCGAUUUCAACAAGCACAGCGUUUGGGCGUUAAAAAAGAGAAAGAAAGUUUAGAUCGUGCCAAGGCAGCAUCAGUUCGCCAACAGCCAAUGAAUGAUUCCCCAUUUGGAGAUAAUUUUGUAUCCUCAGAGCAACAAUAUCAACAACAAGCCGUUUUGCCUGUAGAAAAUGUUGAUUUGGGAGUAUUACAAGAACGAGAUGAUCAAUUAAAACGAUUAGAAGGUGAUAUUAUUCAAGUAAACGAAAUAUUCAAAGACGUAUCAAAACUUAUUCAUGAACAAGGAGCCGUUAUUGGGUCGAUUCAGGAUUAUGUUGAUACAAGUGUUGUUCAAACACAACAGGCCACACGUUCUUUGGGAACAGCCGUUGUAUCACAGAAACGUCCAUCUCGAACAAGAUUUGAUUUACCAGGCCAUGGUCUAACAGCAAAAUUUAUUCCGAAUUUCUCCCUAGAACGAACAACAGAUCUGAUAGCACAACUAAUAACAUCAAGGGGUUUAUCCAAAGUUCAUAUCGUCGGCUUAUCACUUGGAGGCUAUGUCGCAUUAUCAAUCAUUCGUUAUUAUCCACAUUUGCUCGAUCGUUCAUUCGUCACCGGUGUUGUUGUGCCAUUAUCAAGCAUUCUCACACGCUACGGUCACUGGAUAGUUAGUCCGUUAAAUUGGAUAUUGACUGCAUUUCCAACCGUACUUUAUCGGCUAUUUUCUCGUAUGAAUAUUGAUUCACGAUACAAUACGCCUGAAGUGGCUGCCGAUCUUCGAAUAGGUAGUAGAAUGGAUAAUGUUCGUCAGUUUUAUAAAGAGAUUUCGGGCGACAGUUUCUUAACCAACGUUUUAUAUCGAAUAGAAAAAGAAUCACCACCGAUCGCACUAGUAGCUGGCUCAGAAGAUUGGAUAAUUAAAAAGGAGCUACCGCAUUUAGUCAAAACAGUUACAAAAGUAAGUCCUUCGAGUAAAGGUUUUAUUCUCAAAGAUGGAAGUCACAUUUGGGAUAUGCAGAAUCCAGAACUAUUUGUAGAUGUUGUAAGAUGUUGGUUCAAUAAUAAGUUGAACGAUAUGCCAGAACAGGUAUUACCAGUCAAAUAA